CAUUAGAGUUCUUCCGCAUUCUCUAGGGUUUCCUUAGCACUCUCCCUUCCCCAAGUGGUCGUUUCUUAGCUCUCGCUGUGAUGGAUCGGGUAAAGGAUUUGGCGUCGGCGAAGGCGGCGGUGAUCUUCACCAAGAGCUCGUGCUGCAUGUGCCACAGCAUCAAGAGCCUCUUCUAUGAGCUCGGCGCGAGCCCCGCGAUCCAUGAGCUCGAUCGCGAAGUGAGCGGGAGGGAGAUGGAGUGGGCACUGCGAGGCCUCGGGUGUAACCCAUCCGUCCCCGCCGUGUUCAUAGGCGGCCGGUUCAUCGGCUCGGCCAAGGACGUCAUAUCUUACCACGUCGACGGGUCUUUGAAGCAAAUGCUGAUAGACGCGAGGGCCAUAUGGUUCUAGCGAGACAGACUUUGUAAAUCAAAUAAGCUCCAUAUAUGGAAUCUAUUUGUCAUGUGCCAUGUAUGAGAAGCUUCAUCCCAAACAGAAAUUAAAUGUUGUAUCAAGAGCUAAGCUCUUUUUUUU